AUGAGUGCCUUCCAUGAGUACAGGGCGACAGAAACAUCUGACCGGCCCGCGGGGGGGAGCAGCAGCAGCAGGGGCAGCCGGGCGGGGGGGCGGCCUCAGCGGCCCCUCAGCAGCAGCAGCGGCUCCUCACAUCCCGGAGGUGGCGGCAGCGGCGGCUGUGAGGGGGUUGGUGGGCCGGCCCGCAUCGUCGUCGUCCCCACCCUGUGGCGUUGGCGUCGCUGCCGCACCUUGGCUCCCAUCCUGCCCCACCUCGCCCCGGCCCAGCUCUCGCCCGCUACACGCUCUGUUUUGCCCAGGAUUGAUUGGAAACUGCAUGAGAACACUAGCAGUCACCACACUGAUCAAUAUCCUAGCUCAGUGCUGGUGGUUCGGCGAGGACAACAGUUUGCAAUUAACGUCGACGUUCCUCAACCACAACUUAGAAGCCUAACGUUUACCGUAGAAACAGGGUCGACCUCUGCUCUGCGGGAAAGGACACGAGUGGAGUUUGGCAUCUCCACCCAGCGAAGCUCCUGCUCUUGGGGUGCAGUCCAGACCUCUGUGACAUCUUGCUCCUUGGGCGUCUCCAUUUCGAGCCCACCGAAUGCCGCCAUUGGACGCUACCAGCUAGGCAUGAAGAGCACCAGCAGCGCGUCCCCCUCCAACCUUGGUGCUUUUGUGUUGAUCUUUAAUCCUUGGCUUCCAGAGGAUGAUGUGUUCCUGCCUAAUGAUGCAGAGCGUGAGGAAUAUGUCCUCUCGGAGUUUGGAGUUAUAUUCGUGGGAGACGUCAACCGUAUCUCUCCAUUUCCAUGGAACUAUGGACAGUUUCGAGAUGACAUUUUGAAUAUCUGCCUUUCCAUGCUGGACCGGAGCGUAAACUACCGUAAGGCCCCAAUUAAGGACUUGCAGCUCAGAAAUGACCCUGGUUACAUUGGACGGGUCCUCAGUGCCAUGGUCAACGACGCAGAUGACGAUGGAGUGGUGGCGGGGAACUGGGAUGGGGAUUACAGAGGUGGGAAAAAUCCAACCAGCUGGACAGGAAGUGUGGCCAUAUUGCGGAAAUGGAAGCAGUCUGGAUUCAACCCAGUCCUAUUUGGGCAAUGCUGGGUCUUUGCUGGAGUCCUGACUACAGUCCUCCGAUGUCUAGGGAUUCCCACUCGCAUAAUAACCAACUUCGUGUCUGCCCAUGACUCAGAUGGAAACCUCAUUCUGGAUAAAUACAUUGACAUCUCCGGAAAGCAACCGGGAAUGGUAGAAGACCACUUCUGGAACUACCAUGUGUGGAAUGAAAGCUGGUUCACCCGACCAGACCUUGGCUCCACAUACGAUGGGUGGCAAAUUUUGGAUGGAACUCCGCAAAAGGAAAGUGAAGGCAUAUGUCAGUGUGGUCCAGCUUCACUGAAAGCCAUCAAAGAGGGGGAGGUGGACCUGAGCCAUGAUACUCCCUACAUCUUUGCAGAGGUCAAUGCUGAUGUUGUCUAUUGGGUGCAUAACGAAACCACAGGGGAGAAAAAGAAAAAGAUUGCUCACGAAAACUACAUUGGCCGUGCCCUCAGUAUGAAGGCCGUGGGCAGCGAUAACCGCCUGGAUGUCACUGACAAUUACAAAUAUCCAGAAGGCUCUGCCAAAGAAAGAGAAGUGUUCAAAAAGGCUCAAGCCAAGCUGAAACAGAAAAAGACAGAACCUGUAAAGGCCAACGUCACAGGGAAGUUCAAGGUGGCGAGUCCCCCAGAGGUUGGCAAGGACGUCAACUUAUUCUUGGUGCUGAGAAGCUUUGCUUCCCAAUACCAGAGACUUAACGUUCAAAUGACCAUUUCGUCCAUCGUCUACAACAGGAGGGCAAGCCACGUGAUCUGGAAAAAAUCAUUCCCGGUGACUCUUGGCCAUGAUGAAGAGCAAGCAUUUCCUGUCCAGAUCUCGUAUUCUGACUACAAGCGACUCCUGACUCCAGACAAUAUGAUUCAAGCUACUGCCUUAUGCUGCUCACCAGAUGGGAGCCUUGCUCUGGUGCAAAGAGUCAUUGUCCUAGACAACCCCGUUGUCUUCAUGAAGGUCCUAGGUGAAGUGAAAGUGGGCCAGGAGGUGCAAAUUGAAGUGUCCUUCACCAACCCCCUGGAGGAGGAGCUGAACAACUGUGUGCUGCGGGUGGAAGGAAGUGAUUUGGUGAUGGACAAACUCAAGAUAAAAGUGCCACCACUGAAGGCCAAGGAGACCUUCCGAAUCAACUUAGAUAUCACCCCCAGCAGGGUUGGGACCAAACAUCUGCUAAUCCAUUUCUCCUGUGACAAAUUUUAUAACAUCAAAGCUUUUGGGACCAUUGAGGUACACAACUGUUUCUGA